AAAAGUAAUUAUAUUUACCAAACUUAUUGAAUUAUUUUGCCGUUAUUUUAAUCUUGCCGAGGUUAUUGCAAAUGUUUGAGAAUUUCCGUAUAAUUUUAUAGUAAAAUAAAUGAGAGCGGCAAUAUUCGUGUGCAGUGAAGCCUCUCAACUUAUCCGUUACGAACAGGUCAGAAAGGAAAGUGCUUGUCUCUGUAACUUGACGCCAGCAAGAAGUACAGAACUCAGCUUCUGAAAAAGCUCAUAAAUUGACUGACUUUCAUAGUCAGCUGUUGAAAACUGUUCGAUAAAUUAGACGAACCAUCGUUGUUUGAAAACCUUGAACUAUGAGUGCAUGUGGGAAAACUUGAACGCUAUCGUUGAGCCAGGUUUAUAACUUGAAUUAGAUCUCUGGUCAAGUGAGACAGUGAUUACAUCGCUGUCAAGCAUGUCACCUCGGAGCCCUCGCCUCGCACCGCUGCUUCUGGUGCUGCUGUCAACAGGAUUGAGCCACAGCGCGGUUGAGCACACCGAUGGAGGACACGGAGGAAGUCUGCCGUCGUCCGAGUACAACGAAUACGGGGAAGAAGAUCCGCCUUUCUUCCUCUCACGCUCCCAGACCUUCACCGUCGAGAUCGGCCAGUCCAUCAUGAUCCCGUGUGACGUCGGCAACCAAGGCGACCACAAGUUGGUGAUGAACCACAUCGGCGCGAGCGGCAAGAAGCAUCUGGUGAGCGCAGGCGGCGUGAAGCUCGUGCGUACGCAGCGCCUCAAAGUCGAGCGCACGAAGCUCACCAUCCUGAACGCCCGGCGCCAGGACGCGGGACUCUACAGCUGCUCCUUCCCCACCGCUGAAGACGUGGUACUACAACACCAGCUGAACGUACAGUACUCUCCUUCCAUGAACUCGUCGAGUCCGUCCGUGCAACACGUGGUCAAGGGGCAGCGAUUACGACUUUAUUGCAGCGCCGACGGAAACCCGCGGCCGGAGAUUAGAUGGACCUUUGAAGAUGGCGCUCCUCCCGCAGGCGCCGUCAAAGAUCAGGCAGGAAAUCUGGUGCUUGAGCACGUGGAUCGUCUGGUUGAAGGGCAGUACGUCUGCACGGCCGAGAACGGCAUUGGCAGCGCCGCUACCGCCACCAUGAAGGUCGUCGUCGAAUAUCCGCCUGAGAUCGUCACCGAAAAGUCGGUGGUGCGCACUGGUGCGGGCGACCAGGUGGAGCUGGUGUGUCUGGUGCGCGGCCGCCCAAGCCCUCGUGUCUCGUGGACGCGCGACGGUCAGCCCGUACGGACUGGAUGGAUGCUAGAGGGGCAAAAAAGGUUUCUUCGUGUGCACUCAGGCCUGCCCCGACAGCCGCGCUUCACGAGCGCCCCAGCGGGUGGGGAGGUGAACUCCUACACCCUCACCUGGGAGACCGACAGCUACUACCCCAUCAUCGCCUACAGACUCAUCUACGGACGGGCGCAGGCAUCGACUGAGGUGAACGGUUCAGUGACUGAAGAUAAACAUGAAAUAAUCAAAGAAGUGGAUGUUGAGACGAUGACAGAGAACACUCACCACGUCAUGGCGCAUACGCUCACCAACCUGGACGUUGCUACGGACUACGAAGCGUUCGUUAAAGUCAAGAACAACUACGGCUGGUCCAGCGACUCCGACAGGUUCUCAUUCGCCACAAGAAGAGCCAUGGCCGUCCAGCGCUCGACAAGUCGGUCCGUCAAAUCCGCAAGCGCCGACUUCAGAAGCAACGCAGCGACAUCUCUGCUGCUGCUGUCUCUCUUGGCCGCUGUCUCUGCUAUCCACCGAAGGACCGGUCUCUGCAACUGCAAAACCUGGCAUUAAUUCAACUGCUGAGCCGCUGCACUUGUGUAGCGUGUCUGCAUACUUGGGCCAGUGCGGCAAUUUCAGUAAGAGCUUCUAUGCUAAGCAAACAUCAGACAUCAGCAGCCCACUAAACAUCAAGCUGGUGGCGGCUGCGGUUGACCGAUUCUAUGUCAUGUGUCAUGAGCAUCGAUGCUCGACCGUGCUUUGGAACUGAAUUGUGAUCGAGUAUUGGUACCGCUUCAAAAUGACUCUAUAUUUCAGAGAAUAAAUAACUGCUAAGA